AUGAGAGCUCCUCUUUCGCUACUGCCCCUUGCCGGGCUGCUAGCACAGAGCAUCUAUGCCCAGGCGAAGGACAUCGAAGUCUGCACUCAAGUGACCCGGCAGUACAUCACUAAUGGUGACUUUACUACCGAUUCCGAUUGGACUGCAUCAGAGGACUACACCAUCGUCACGAAAUCUGGAUCAGACAGCGGGUAUAUCCUAACUGAAAAUAAUAAUAGAGAUAUCCCGUUCACAGCCGAUGACUCUAGCUCCACCACCGUGUCAUUCCAGCAAGCCGUGUCCGAUAUCAACGUUGGGCCCUAUUACCAAAUGGACUUUUACUGGGAUGUGAUCGUUCCCGAUGACGAUUUCCGUUGCGACUUGAGCAUCUAUGCAAUUUACGACGAUAAUUCCAGGUAUAUAACCGGUGCCUAUAGAAUCGAUUCAGCAGGAGAGUCUGGGUGGACCAAUGUGCUCGGACAAUGGCAAUCUACCGCGACUGACAUCACGGUGGAGUUUCAAGCCGUCUGCAUCGGUGGUUCUGGAACUGUGCGGUUCAAGGACAUCUCCUUUAAAGGUCCUGAAAUUGUCUGCACCUCUCAGUGUGCCGUCUCCACGCUCAGGACCUCCGGUGAGCUCAUCCAAGAUGGGGAUUUCUCACAAGAUGACUUCAAUGACUACUGGAGCACCGCAGGCUACGCGUAUGCGACCGAUGAUGAUGCUCCGGGUGGUGGUCAAUGCAUGUUUAUCCCCGGCGAGUAUGCAUACUAUGAGUUGAACCAGACCAUCGCGGAUGCCCAGGCUGGCCAGACCUAUCAUGCUAGUGCGAUGUGGAGGGUGAUGUCACCCGUGGCCAACGGAGUGGACAUCCCAACUUGUUCCUUUGACUUCAAGAUCGUCGAUCUCGAAAAUGAAAUUCUCCUGGAUCUUGCCCAUAUGACAUACAGCCUGACAACCACGGACAGUGGGUGGAUGUCUGUCAAUGGCACCUGGAACGCAACUGUCUCGUCGGUAAUAGUCGACAUAGUUGUUACAUGCACGGCCGACGAUUACAACUACCUUCCAAACAUGGAGAUCGCAGAUGUCCAUUUCAAUCUCCAGACGGUAAAUUGUGUGACUCCUUCAUCCUCGUCCGUGGCCAGCUCCACGCCGUUCAAGUCUUCGGUCAGCUCGACUCCUUUGAUCCGCUCAACUCCAGUCUCUCCAUCAGUUUCUGCCCCUCCUACUCCGGUCUCGACACCGUACACCACCCCUGUCACAGUUCCCACCACGAUUCCGAUUUCUAUCCCCCAGUCAACUCCUGUCUCCUCUGUUGCUAUCUCUUCGUCCGUCACCGUCUCUUCCGUCUCCUUAGCCUCAUCAUCUCGCUCCUCGGCUCCAUUGCAGUCUGCCAGCCGCUUCUCCAGUUCAUCCUUGACAAGCUCUGCAGUUUCGAGCUCUGUAUCCAUUACUACUGGCAAGCCGUCAGUCUCCGGGACAUCGAGCUCCUUGCCAGCAGGCUCUUUGGCAUCAGUUCCCACGGCAUCAGGGUCCUCCCCGACUGGCUCGUCCUCAUCAGGGUACAUAACAGCUCCAAAUUCCAUGCCAAUCAAAGCCUCUGUGUCUUCUGCGCGCUCCCAUACGGAUUGUUCGAGCACUUCUACCCAAACAUUGAAUCACUCGACAUCAUCCUCGAUUACCAUCCCUGGGUUAGGGCAGCACUCAACCAUAGCGCCAUCUACACCAGUUGAUAGCGUGACGAGCUGCUCAUCAGGACCGCUAGCAUCGGCUCUGCCGACGUCAACGUCAGCAAACGAUCUCACGAUCUCUCAAUCGGGGUCUCAUCUGACCACGUCCACGGUGUUUACAACUCAAACAAGCACUAUCACAGCGUGCCCAUCAACCGUGACAAACUGUCCAGCCACAGCUAAGACCACAUAUGUGAUCACUGAAACGAUCGUGGUCUCAACUACAGUCUGCCCUGUUACCGAGGCUGAAGGAUCGCCUCCAACUGCAACCCCAACUUCAUCUGAUGGCUCAUACACCUCCACAAUCCUGACGACCCGAACAGUCACAACAACCUUGUGCGCUGCCACAGUAACCAAUUGCCCAGCGCGCUCCCAGACGACCUAUACCAGCAUUCAGACCGUGGUCGCCGGGACUACUGUCAUUACUGCCGGACCCCUCCCGACAAUUUCGGACUCUACCCACACGGAAACGGGCGUGGCGGUCACAAAAUCGACUGCCUCAGCUAAUGAGCCUGAGAGCGCUAGCUCUGUAGGCUACGAGAAUAUCGGCGCAGGGACCGCUACCAUAUCGAUCUUACCAGACAUUACUGGUGUCCCAGCGUUGAACACUGUCUCUAUAGGGAGCAGUGUCUCCGAUAGUACUGCUGCCCAACCUACCACCAGCAAUGAGGAGGAAGUCGCAGGCUCUCAAGGUCAUUCCGCGACUGUCACUGGUGUAAUGGCAACCACCACAGGCUCAAAUAUUGACUCUGGAGCUACUCCUGUGUCUACUGCUGGCUCCGUUACUUCCUUUGGUACAUUUUCAAGUGGCAUGGGCUCGAAUGGCAACGGUGGAGCAUCGAGCGCUCCCUCAAGUCUCUCUCGUGGUUACGCCGGAGCUUCACACACUCCUAGCACUACCAAAGCAGCGGUAGCCUCCUCUACAUUAGCUACGGCUGCUAGCGCUUCUUAUUCUUAUCAUUCCACAGCUACAUCGAUGGUUCCUGCUUUUAAUGGCGCUGCAUCUCUCCAGGUCGCUCAAUCUGGCUUUUUGGGCUUGGUUGCAUGGGGUAUUGCCGCUUUCCUUGUAUAG